AUGGCUCCUCCAGCUCAACUCCCUUUUCGACAGCUCACCAAGAAUGGCCCCAAGAUCCCAUCCGUUGGUCUUGGUCUUAUGGGAAUCAGCGUCGGAUACGGAGCAGCCACGUAUGAAUCACAUCUCCAAAUCCUGAACCUCACUAAUAUACCCAGAUCUGACGAAGAACGUCUCAAACUCCUCGACCGUGCAUGGGAACUUGGCUGUACCAAUUGGGACACAGCUGAUGUCUACGGCGAUAGUGAAGAUGUCGUAGGCAAAUGGUUCAAGCUUCACCCCGAACGUCGUCAGGAUAUCUUCCUUGCGACCAAGUUUGGGCUGAGGGUAGGUGAGAAAGGGAUAGUUACUGAUUCAUCGCCUGAGCAUGUGAGGAAGAGUAUUGAGAGCAGCUUGAAGAGGCUUGGUGUUGAGCACAUUGAUCUGUAUUACAUGCAUCGUGCAAACGAGGAUGUGCCUAUUGAGAAAACUGUGGAAGCCAUGAAGCAAUUGGUUGAUGAGGGAAAGGUCAAGUACUUGGGCCUCUCAGAGAUCUCGUCUACCACUCUCCGCCGAGCCCACGCCAUCCAUACCAUCUCAGCAGUACAAGUCGAGUACAACCCCUGGACACUCGACAUCGAAGGUCCUUCAGGAACAAACCUUCUCAAAGCUUGCGAAGAGCUAGACGUGGCGGUGUUUGCCUACUCACCCCUUGGUCGUGGUAUCUUGACCGGUCGUUUUCGCUCUGUCGAUGAUUUCGAAGAGACAGAUACCCGAAGAAACUUGACGCGGUUCCAGGGUGACAACUUCAAGAAGAACUUGAAGAUUGUGGACCAGUUCAAUGAGUUGGCCAAGAACAAGGGAUUUACAUCCUCACAGCUCGUCCUGGCCUGGAUCUUGGAGCAGAGCCCCAAAAUGUUUGUCAUUCCUGGCACGAAGAACAUCAAGUAUCUCGAAGAGAACGUGGGAGCAGCAAAGGUGACGCUGAGUAAGGAGGAGAAUCAAGAGUUGAGGAAAUUGGCAGUUGAGGCUGGAGUUGUAGGAGGACGGGAUCCCUUCUUUGGCUGCUUUGUUGAUACAGCUCCUCUGGAGAAGUGAAUGCCCACAGAGAUAGCAGUGUUGGCUGUAUGAUGCUUGCUUCGGUAGCAGUUUCUAGGCCAUGUCCAUACGGAAAAGUUUACCGUUCCAUGAAGACCCAUCA